AUGGACUGCUUUGUGUUUCUGUUUCUCUUUUCUCCUUCCCACCCUCUGGGUAUGGUGCUGACAAGCAGUGAAAUGUCCAUCAAGAUCAGGCUCCAAGGACUCUCCGUUAAUGGGUGCCAGAUUACGGACCGAGCUGUCAGUGCCUUAGUGAAAAAGCAUGGGAUCAGGUAUGAUAUUUUGGCUCAGAUCUGGACCAAAGGUCUCAGAAAGCUGGAAGUGUUUGGCUGCCAUGCUCUUACUGCAGAGUGUCUAAGCUCCAUGGCCCUCGAGUGCCCUCAGCUGCAGGGCCUGAACAUUGGCAGGCUCCCCAAAAUGACCGCCACCAGCUUGGCAAAGAUAGUGAUGCGCCUGCAAGAAGUCACCUCUCUCAGUGUCACUGGCCUCCAUAUGGUGAGGGAUCCUGGAGUCCAUCUCAUUGCGACUCAGUGCCCUAAGCUGUCUCGUCUGGUUCUCAGUUCCUGCUCUCAGAUAACAGACACGAGCCUGCUGGAGAUCAGCACCUACCUGUGCUCGAUCAGGCAUCUUGAUGUGAGUGGGUGUAAAAAAGUGACAGAUACAGGAAUCCAGGUUUUGGCAAGAAGCUGCGACCAGCUUUGCUACCUUGAUCUCAGCUCCACAAGAAUAAGCAAAAGAGGGUUAAACUUGGAAUCUGCGUAG